AUGGAGAUGCAGAAGCAGCAGCAGCAGCAGCAGCAGCAGCAGCGGCAUGACCGCAUCUUCCUGGCAACGCAGCAGCAGCAGCAGCAUCAGCAGCAGCAGCAACAACAACAACACAGCCAUCACCAUCAGCAUCAUCCUCACCGUCAUCAGCAGCAGCAGCUUCAGCACCAACAGCAGCAGCAGCUGCAGCAGCUACAGCAGCAGCAGCAGCAGCAGAGCUUCCGGCUGCCUACACUCUCCUCCUCCGCUAUUGAAGCAUGCAGAAGAGCUGUAGGUACAGCGCAGUCUUUUGUUGCUGCUGCUCCUCAACUUGUAGGGGAAUUGCAGCAACUGUGGCAGCAGCAAAUGGGCGUCUGCAUCGCAAGCAUUGGCUUGGCUUCGCAGCAGCAGCAGCAGCAGCAGCAGCAACUGCAGCAGCAGCAGCAGCAAGCCGCGCCCAGUAGGCAGCAUGGGGAUGGCAUGCAGCAGCAGAAAUACAAACUGCAGCAGCAACAGAAGCAGCAGUUGCUGCAGAAGCAACAGUUGCAGCAGCAGCAGCAGCAGCAGCAGCAGCAGCAACAGAAGGAAUGA